AUGGAUCCCAAAACGACAGACGCAGCCGCAGCUGCACCAACCACCGCGGAAUCGACCGCGCCCCCAGCGACGGCGACGGCGACGGCAUCGGCGCCCCCAGCACAAGAGCAGCAGCAGCAGCAGCAGCAACCCGUACAACAGCAACCCGCCGCCGCUCCUGCUGCUGCCGCGCAGCCUACUGCGCAAACAGUUCAACAGCGACAGCCUGCCGUCCCAUCGCGUGACAAGUUCUUCCAACAGUCGCUCGGUGGUUCGUUGAACGCAAACGUGAAGAAGGCGCGCGUUCUGAUGGUCGGUGCUGGCGGUAUCGGAUGCGAACUCCUCAAGAACCUUGUCCUCACAGGCUACGGCGAAAUUCACGUUGUCGAUCUCGAUACCAUCGACCUGAGCAACCUCAACCGCCAAUUCCUCUUCCGACACGAGCACAUCAAGAAGUCCAAGGCUUUGGUUGCCAAGGACGCCGCCCAACCCUUCAAUCCCAAGGUCAAGAUCGUCGCGCACCAUGCGAACAUCAAGGACUCCCAGUUCAAUACCAGAUGGUUCAAGGACUUCAACAUCGUCUUCAAUGCGCUGGACAACCUCGAGGCCAGACGGCACGUGAACAGAAUGUGCUUGGCCGCAGAUGUGCCCCUCAUCGAGAGCGGUACGACAGGAUUCAACGGCAACGUUCAGGUCAUCAAGAAGGGCGUCACCGCGUGCUACGACUGUACUCCCAAGGAGACUCCAAAGUCAUUCCCCGUCUGCACCAUCCGCAGCACGCCAAGCCAGCCUAUUCACUGCAUCGUGUGGGGCAAGAGCUACCUCCUUAGCGAGAUCUUCGGAGCCAGCGAGGACAAGUCCGCGUUCGACAACUCGGCCGAUGCCGACAACGCCAAGGAGAUCGAGGAGCUGAAGAAGGAGGCGGCAGCUCUGCGCGCGAUUCGCGAUGCUUUGGGCACUGAGGCCUUCCCUCAGCUUCUCUUCGACAAGGUGUUCAACAGCGACAUCGUGCGAUUGGCGUCAAUGGAGGACAUGUGGAAGUCCAGGAGAAAGCCCGAGCCUCUGGACUACAAGAAGCUGUCCGAGCAGUCUGCAGAAUCUCUCGGUGCGAAGGACACGAUCCUGCAGGAGGGUCAGAAGGUGUGGAGCUUGGAGGAGAAUUUUGCCGUCUUCGUCGACAGCUUGGAAAGGCUUAGCAAGCGCAUGCAAGAGCUGAAGAAGGCACAUCAGGAUGGCGGAGCUGAGCCUCUGAUUACUUUUGACAAGGAUGACGAAGACACGCUUGACUUCGUUACCGCAAGCGCAAACAUUCGUUCAUCAAUAUUCGGCAUCGAGCUCAAGUCUCGCUUCGACAUCAAGCAAAUGGCCGGUAACAUCAUCCCUGCAAUCGCGACGACGAAUGCCAUCGUCGCAGGUCUGUGUGUUCUUCAGUCGUUCAAGGUGCUGAAGGGCGAAUACACCAAGACGAAGGAGGUGUUCAUCUCUCCUCACAAUCCUGCCCGUCUCCUCAGCACGAGCAACUACCGGGCUCCCAACCCAGAUUGCCCAGUCUGUAGCGUAUAUCAGACGACCGUCUCUGUCGACCUGUCCAGAGCCACGCUCAAGGAUCUCGUCGAAGACUUUGUGCGCCUGGAGCUUGGCUUUGGCGAGAAGGAGUUUGCUGUCAACAACGACGUUGGCCCCCUCUAUGACCCCGACGAGACCGAGAACCUGUCCAAGAAACUCAGCGACUUGGGAAUCACGGAAGACUCCUUCCUUACUGUUAUUGAUGAAGACGACGACGAGCCCUUCGUCAACGUCGUCAUCAGUAUACAAGAAUCCAAGGAGCCUCUUGAAGACAAGCCCGUCAAGGGUUUGGCCGUUGACCAAAAGCCCGAGAUUCCUCGCAAGCCCAAGAAGGAGACACCUGCGCCAACGGCGGAAUCGAAUGGCACUGGCCAACAGAACGGCAAGCACUCGCUAGAGGUAUCGGAGGUUUCUCCAACCACCCUCAAGCGGCCCCGUCCUGAUGAUGGCGAUGAGCCCAUCGAGGCCAAGAAGGCCAAGGUCGCAACUACUAGUGGCAGUGAUGACGUGGUCAUCGUCGAUGAUUCUACAGGUGGAGCCAUCGUGAUUGACGACGACUGA